AUGGUUCAUCGUCAGCGUGAAGACAGACUUCGACUUGAAAAGUCUCCUGGUACAGUCCUCGUAGCAGGAAGUGAUCCAAACCAGGAAGCUCAUCUCAAAUCGAAUCGGCAAAGAAAGAACGACAUCUUGAUCAUUUCUUCUGAAAGAUUACUUUGGGAUCGCAUCCAGGUCACCCAGGUCGAUGAUGGAGUAAAGGAAAAGAAGGCAAAGCAAAGCAGACUUUGA